AUGAAUCUCGCUCUAGUCGACCCGUUCGUGCUGGCGCAGGACAUGCCAGAGGCGCUCAUCGCCCGUCUGCGCAGUUCUGGUGCUGCCGUCUGUCUUCGCUUCAAUCGCCAGGGCGACCUGCUCGCAUCUGGCACCGCCAAAGGUGCCAUUGCAAUCUUCGAUCUCGAAACACAUGGUGUCGCCCGUAAGCUACGUGGUCACACCCCUGGCCGCCAGGUUCAGUCGCUCAGCUGGUCCGCGUGUGGUCGCUACCUGCUCAGCUCGUCGGUCGACUGGAAGGCCAUCCUAUGGGAUUUGAACGAUGGCUCCCGCAUCCGUACUGUCAAUCUCGGUGCUCCAAUCUAUAUCGCCGAACUGCACCCUCACAAUCACCUCCUGUGUACCGCCGCUCUCUUCGAAGCCCAGCCCGUCCUGGCCUCGCUUGACCAACCUUCGACUGUUCGAAAACCUCUCCCUUCAACCCCAAAGCGCUCUGCUUACGAGCAAGACGAGAAGCACGAUCCCAAGAAUACUACAACCGUCACCAUCUUCACCCCAUCUGGUGAACACAUAAUAACUGGUACCACAAAGGGUUGGCUCAACAUCAUCAAGGCGAGCACUUGUUCCGUCAUCUACUCGACUCGGCUCAGCAGCAAGGCAUUACUUCUCUUGCGUCUUACUACUUCUGGUCGUGAUCUACUGGUAAACGCGGCUGACAGCAUCAUACGCACAAUCCAUCUGCCUGACCUUGAUGACCCCUCCUUCGAUCCUGACAACAUGCGCCUUGAGGUUGAGCACAAAUUCCAAGACGUCGUCAAUCGUCUAUCUUGGAAUCACGUGGCUUUCAGUCCAUCUGGAGACUAUGUCAUGGCAUCGACUCUUAUGAAUCACGACAUUUACAUCUGGGAGCGUGGCCAUGGCAGUCUAGUUAAGAUUCUCGAAGGUCCCAAGGAAGAGCUAGGCGCUGUCGAGUGGCAUCCACAACGACCCUUUGUCGCAGCCACUGGCGUUGAAUCCGGUCGCAUCUACCUGUGGUCUGUCAACACACCACAACGCUGGUCCGCGCUCGCUCCUGACUUCGUCGAAGUCGAGGAAAACAAUGAAUACAUUGAGGCUGAAGACGAAUUCGAUAUACACCCCAUUGAAGAACUGCACAAGAGACGUCUUGAUCUCGAAGACGAAGAUGUCGAUGUCUUGACUGUCGACCCUGCCAAGCCAGGCCAAGUUAAGCACGAGUUCCGCAUGCCCGUAUUGUUGGACAUUCACGCAAGCGACAGUGAGGAGGAGAUGGUUGCGAUCGGAGCAGGUCAAUAUCGUCGCAAGAGUCAAGGUCCUGAAUCGGAGGUCCUUGAAGACGACGAAGACGCCAUCCCAGCGAAUGGCCAGACCAAGCGACGCCGUGCUGAUUGA